AUGGAUCAAUUGAGGCAGAUCAUCUCCUUAGUCCAGCUUAUCUACAACCAGUGUGAAGAGAUGAAAUACUGCCAGAAACAGUGCUGGCAUCUAAGGAGCCAUGUCCAUGGCCUGCUGCAGCCUCUGCAAAUGCUCCAGGCCCAAGGAGAGAGGAACCUGCCCACCGAGAUAACCACUGCCCUGAAACGUUUCCAGGCUGCCCUAAAGAAACCUAAGGAGUGGAUAGAUAAGUUCAGCAAUAAAUCCAAUAUCCAGAUGUUUCUAACAGCAGGGCAUGACAGAAUACUCUUCAGUGGAGUGAACAAGAGGCUGAGAGAUGUCUGGGAGGAGUUCUCACUGCUGCUUCAGGUGGAUCAACGGAUGCAUAUUUCAAGCAUCAGCCCAGGAGCAUUCUGGCAACAGGAAGAUGAAUAGGAUGCAGAGGAAGACAGGAAUGUUAUCCAAGGACUGAGAAGUGCAAAGUCUGUGCAAAGGUCACGAAUGUUCCCUGCCUUUGGUCGUGUCAGGCUGCACCAUUCGGAAACACCUGCAGAACUCCACAGAAACGUCAGCAGCACGAGCUUCCUGGUGACUAAAGACUGCAUUGUGAAGCUUGCAGGAUUUGAGUUGAGCAAACCACAGACUUCCAUCAGCUGACCAACUAAAGGAAAAGAAGCAGAGAGAGUCAAUUCUGCCGCAUACAUCUCACCUCAGAGACUGGAAAAUGUGUAUAAUAAAUAUGACAUAAAAGCUGAAAUAUACAGCUUUGGAAUCGUCCUCUGGGAAGUUGCCACUGGGAAAAGCCCAUUUGAAGGCUGUGAUUCCAAGAAGAUCUACCAGCUGGUGGCUAUGGACCGGCACCAGGAGCCAGUGGACAAAGAUUGCCCUUCACAGUUACAGGAGAUCAUUGAUGAUUGCUGUGCAUAUGAGCCCUCCAGGAGGCCCUGUGUUAAAGGUAGAGCUUUUUCUGGUCUAAAGAGCAUGGGCCACAUAUCCAAAUUUCUCAGACUUUCCACAGAGCUCCAGACACAAGAGAACAUGAUUCACGGGCAGUAUCCCCGGAUUGGGGAAGUGUUUCCACUGAAGUUGCUACAGAGUUCAAAGUUGACGGACGUAGGUUUCUACCAAUUGUACGAGGCCUCCUCGAGCGUGGUCCCGCCUAGUCCGUUUACGAAGGAUCAGCCAAUGAGAGCGCCGCUGUUUCAGCCAGGGGCGACCAAAGAAAGAAGAAGAGAGGGUAUUGGCCGCAGACAGGGACUGCUGCCCAAUAGGAGCAGGCCGAGCCCGCAACUCAGGCUGGCGGAUUGA